ACCUGCUACGCAUACGCAUUCUGACUUUUGAGUUUUUUCAAACAAAUACUAACAAGAAAACUAAAAUCUUUGCGAGCUGUAAAUGUAAACUCCAAAGCGAAAACUUCAAAUGAAAAUAAUUUAUUUAUUCAAAAUAGUUUAAUAACAUUUCUGUGUUCGGGUGGAACUUGUAUCAAUAGCUUACGUUAUUUAAGAUAUGGAGGCAUAGCUUCUGCUAAGUUACUUGUAUAAUUCUUUAUCAUAUCCAAUAAUAUCGUAAUGGAUAACUCCGAAGGAAAGGGUCCAGGAGAAACUCCCAAAAGAAGUCCAUUUGAUGAUUUAAGUAGAGAUGAUUUAAUUGUUAAAUGCAAAGGUCUCCUAGCUAUAGCACAGAAAGCCAAGCAAGCAAAAACAGAGUGCCAGAUAGAACUUGAUAAAUUUAAGAAAAAAGAACAAGAUUCUGAUACUGAAAAAAAGGCAUUAUCAAAUAAUAUUAAAACAUUAGAGGAGCUUGUAGAUUCCCUUACAGAACAAAAACUUAAUUACAUAACAGAAAUAGAUGUAGCUCAGAAUAAAAUAAAAAGUUAUGAAGAUAGGGUCAAUAAUUAUGAUGAAGAAAUAAAAAAAUAUAAAGCAGAUAUUAUAAUAAGAGAUCAAAAUCUAGCAAUUGCAUUACAAAAGCUCUCAGAUGUGGAUAGUGAAAUAACUUCCCUCAAAAGACAAAAUAAUCGUCUCAUGGAAGAGAAUGAACAACUCAUCAAUCAAUUGACUGAAAUGGAAUCUAGAACUGCAGAAUUUAACAAUAUUGGUCUGCAACAAAGGGAACAACUACAACUUUUAGAACAAAAAGUUCAAGAGGAAACAGUCUAUAAAGAUCAACUUGAGGAGUUAAACAAACAAAUUAUGAUGCUUGAAUCUAAUUUAAGUAAAACUACAGCAGAAAAAAAUGAUUUGCAAAAUGAGACUAUGGAAAAUAAAAAUAAAAUAGAGGAAUUAGCAAAAUUAUAUGAAGAUGAAAAGUUUAAAAAAGAAAAAGCAAAUAUAAAGUUGAAAAGUUAUAGAGACAAAAUUCUAAAAUGUGCAUCAUGUAUAAAUCAACUUAAGAAUUCUAGGUUUAUUUUAACUAAAACUGUUAAUGAAUAUUCAGAAAACAUACCUAAGUGGCAAAAUGAAAUAAUAAAAGCAUCUAAAAUACUGGAUAAUCAAAUGAAUGUUUUAAAUAAAGAAAACUUAUCACUUAAGGAAAGAAUUGACAAAUUAGAAAAACAAUUAAAUGAAGUAAACAUGCAGAAUAAGAAUAAAAGUAAAGUGUCAGAAGAAAAUAUUGGUCUUGAAAAAGAUAAUCUUGCACUGAAAAAUGAGGUAUCUUAUUUGAAACAACAACUUCAAGAUUCUCUUGAUUUUAAAGUUAAAAUUGAAAAUGAACUAAGAUCAUUAAUUACUAAGAGAGACAUUGAAAUAAACGAAAAAAAUAAUGAAAAUGAAAUGUUGAAAGAUGAAAUUAAUAGGAAAGUCCAAGAAUUACAAAACAAUGAAAAGGAUAUGAAUCAAUUUAUUUUACAAAUCGAAAAGUUAAAAGAAGAAAAUGAUACAUUAAAAACAAACGAAGAUGAGGGUACAAAGCAAAAUCUAAUUUUGCAACUAAAAGCUCUAGAAAGUGAGAAAUUAAUUCUUGUGAAAGAAAAAUUAAAUGCAAAGGAUAAUAUCAUUGAAUUAGAGAAUCAAAACAAAUUGCUGUCAAACGAAAAUGAUAAAAUUAAAUCAGAUAUUGAAUCUGUUAAGCUGCAAUUAGAAAAUGUGUGUAAAGAAAACGAAAAUUUAAAACUUCAAACAAAAACAGAAAGAGAUGAAAAACUUAAAGAAUUAGAAAGUAACAUUACCAUUCUAAAUGAUCAGAAUUCAAAACUCAAAAAAGAGUUUGAAAACUUACAAGAUGAGAAUGGUUUGCUAAGAGAAGAAGUAGAAACCCUCAAAUUGUCAUUAGAGCAGCCUAAAGAUGAUAUUGAAAAUUUGUCUGAUUUAAAUGUUUCAUUACAAGCUGACUUAGUGAAGUUGGAAACAAAACUUUCAAACUAUAAACAGGAAAAUUCCUCUUUAUUAACCGAAUUGAAAGAAUGUCGAGGCAAAGUAAAAGAAUAUGAUAACAUAGUUGCAGAGUAUGAAGAUCUAAAAACAAAAUUAUUAAGCUACAAGACAGAAAACAAUGAAUUGUUAAAUGAGAUGAAAGAAAUUAAUCAAGUGUUAAAGGAAAGAGGUGAGGCAAUUUCUAAAUUACAAAAAGCUAUUUCUGAAAUGGAAAAUCUUAUUGAAACACUUGAAAAAGAUAGAGAUGAGAAAAAUAACAAGAAUGUUGAAUUACUGGACAGAAUUACUGUAUUGGAAAAUUAUUUGAAAAAUUCAGAAGAGAAUACAAACAAGAGCAAGGAAGAUAAUGAGAAACUUAUAACUGAAAGAGAUACCACUCUCUCAUUAUUAAAAGAGAAAGAAACAUUAAUAAUUACUUUAAAAGAGGAGCUUGACAGGUUGAAAACCAAUUCUUGUAAUGUGUCUGAGUUACCCAAUGAAGAUAUGUCUACAUCAACUAUAUCCAAAGCUGAGGAACAUUCUCGAAUGAAGGAUUUAGAUGAGACAUUUGAAGACAAGUAUACAAAAUUAAGAAUGUUUGCUCUGAAAUUGAAAAAGAAAUUGAAUGAAACUACUACACAGUUGCAAAAUUCAGAACAAGAGAAGUUAAAACUUAAAAAGAUGAUUGAUGAAAAUAACACGGAUAAUAAUACAAAAACUAGUGUUGAUGAGGUUGAUAGUAGUAAUAAUCGCGAUAUUGAAACACCCAAAGUUGAAAUUAUGGAACUUGAAUCAAAAAUAAAGUCCCUUACAUCGACUAUUGAGAAUUUAGAAGUGGAAAAAUCACAGUUAAAUGAACAAUUAGCUACGGAAAAGAGCUCGCAUAAAAAUACAAAAGAGCAAUUAGAAAAGGCUAUGCGAGAUGUUAAAAAAAAGAAUGUCUUAAGUUUAGAAAUGGAAGACUAUGAAAAAUCAAUGAAAGAACUUACAACUAAGAUGGAAGAAAAGAAAAAGAAAAUUAUGAAAAUGGAGUCAACAAUUGAUACUCAAGAAGGAACUAUAACUGCUAUGAAAACCCAAAUAAAACUUCUUGAAGAACAAAUUAAGACAGAAGAAACUCAAAACCGUGUACUUAAAGAAGAAAUACAACAUAGUUUACAGGAAAACAAAGAAAAAGAUAGUGUUAUUAGCACCAAAAACGAUAUUAUAUCCAAAUUAAUGCAAGAUCUCGAAGACGAAAAGCGAAAGAAUGAAGAAAUAGACUUAGAAAUGACUUCUCUUCUCAGUGAAAAAGAGAAAAUUAUUAUGAGUUUUGGAGAAGAAAGAAUUGAACUCAAUAAUAAAAUGAAGAAAUUGGAGUUUAAAUGUGCAGAAAUAAAUGAAAAUUUGAGGAUUACUUCAAUGGAGUUGGCAGAUUUAAAAACAGAGUAUACAAGUUAUAAGGUCAGAGCUCAAGCAGUGUUAAGACAAAAUCAAACAAUUGACCACAGUCAAGAAGAACAACUGAAGGAAGAAGCUGCUGCACUGAAAGCACAAACUGAAAGCUUAAACCUUAAAUUGAAUACCCUACAAGAAAAAUAUUCCGAACAAAGUGCGGAAUUGGAAGCGGCGCGUAAACGAGGGGCUGAAGCGAGCUUUGAUGCUUCCCGAGCUCAACAGAGAACAGCAAGGUUGCAAAGCGAUCUCACGAGACUUUCGCAACAGUUGGAAUCCGAGAGAACACAACAUAAACUCCAAAUUUCGACAUUAACUCAAUGUUACAAGUCACAAAUAACGGAUUUGGAAACAAAGCUCCAAAAGGAGACAGAAAAUUUGCGAAAACAGCUUGCGACUGUACAAGAAACUAUGAAAGCUGGCAAAUUUGAAGAAGAUUUAAAUCGCGAUAAAUACACUAUACCAGUGAUACCUAAAGAGGAUAUGAGUGACACUGAAAUGGACAUCAAUGUAUCUAUGAUACCUCGGGAAGAGGGAGAAGGUUCAGAAUCGGCUCCAUCGCCUCCGUUGUCUAAAUCGUUCCUAUCUGGGGGUAGUCGGCGUUCUCCAGUGCCAUUGGAGAGGUUGCUAGAGGAGGGCGUCACUGAGGACGACACGCUUGAUACAUCGUCACUCGCACUCACACCCGAGCAAGAGAUCACGGACUUGAAGCGGAAAGUACUUACAUUACAACAGAGGGUGAAACAUGUGACGGUAUUGCUAGCGGAGUCGGAGCGGGAAUGCGCCCGAAUGUCGCAGCUCAGCGACCUGCUCAAGUCGGAGUUGCGUCGUGUGCGCGGCUCGUCGCAAAAUGCGCACAACACUGAGUACAUGAAGAACGUCACUUUGAAGUUUUUAACACUGCCUCCGGGAGACGAGAGAAGCCGGCUCGUUCCUGUUUUGCAGAAGAUCCUAACACUCUCCUCGGAUGAGAUGCAAAAAAUACAAGCUGUUGCCAAGGGACAUGAUCCAAAUCCAGGCAAGGGUUGGGGCAGUUACUUACCAUGGCCAGGUGGCAAAUAAAGGACCUCGCAUUCCAGCAAAAAGCAAUAAAAUUAUCUGUGAUGAAAUAUACUAAUUGGGUAUUACAUAAACAUGAAACAUUUUAAUGUGAAAUUUUGUAACGUUUUAUAAUUACAUCAUUUAGUAUGUAUAAUGACGUGUAAUUAGACUCUGUAAUUAUAAAUUAUUCAUAAUUAUUUUCAGUUGUAAUAUAAGCUUAAUUUGAAAUAAAUUUAUUUUAUAUGAACGUUUAUUUAAUUUUAAUUGCAAUUUUUUAUAUUCAGUAUGGGUUAGUUAUAUUAAACAUAAUUGUAUAAUUAAAUUCCAUAUUAGUAAAAGUUCUUACAUUUUUGAUAGAUUAUUUAAUUUUUUUAUUAAAAUUGAACGAGUAAUGACGAAAACGCAUAAAUGAAAAAAAAAAAUCUAAAAUGUUGUUAUAUUUUAUUCCAAUAUUCUCAAAUAAUUUUUAAAAUUAUUAAAUUUUAUUCAAAGUAUAGGAAUAAUGGGAAUAGGUAGGUAUAUGCGAUUUCAGGAAAAUAAUAUGUAUGUACAAGUGGAUAUAGUCAUUGGCAUAAUAAGAUAGUAUUUCUAAAUGGCCUUCUUUUUAUUAUGAUUGAUUAGUUGUAUUCUAGGUUUUAUUAUUUAUUAUCAAAUACCUAAUAUUCAUAGCCGAUUGUAAUAGGUAAAAUAGUAAUAAAAUUUCAUUAUUAUAAAUAUAUGCAAAAUAAUCUA